AUGUUCGAAAAAUUGGUUUUAUUUGUGGUUCUCCUGGCUGUGAAUUGGAAUUCUGGCGAGGCCUCCUCAGACCUGCUUUGGGAUUUGGAUGCCUAUUUCGAUGCCAUGGAUGCAGCGGGAAAUUCUCAAGAUCGCAUUGUGGGUGGUGACAACGUUCCCGAUGGCGAAUAUAUACCCUAUCAAGUAUCGAUACAAUAUUUGAAAAAUAAUACCAAUCGUCAUUUUUGUGGCGGAUCAAUUAUCACCCCUAAUCGCAUUUUAACUGCUGCCCAUUGUGUGGUGGGACAAAACCCCGAACGUAUUUCCAUAUUGGCUGGGGUGAUUGAUUUGCAAGAUACAACUGGUUUCCGCUCGCAGGUGACACGAAUUGAUAGCCAUGAGGAUUUUAAACCUAUAAAAGGCAAUGAUAUUGCCAUUUUGGAUAUUGAACCCGCUUUGGAAUUGGAUGGCCAACGUAUGGAUACCAUAAAUGUCGAUUAUAGUGAACCAGUAGGAUCCGAUGAAAAAUCCAUAUUAACCGGUUGGGGUUCUAUACGACAAUCGCGAACAUCACCCAUUUAUCCAAAUCAUUUGCAACGAUUGUCAUAUCGUACUAUGAGUAAUGCGAUUUGUAAAUGGCAAAUGCGUAGUUUGACGGAGACUGAGAUUUGUGCGAAAUCCGAUAGGGGUACGGGGGCAUGUGCGGGAGACUCAGGAGGUCCUUUGGCCAUGCAGAGGAAUGGUGAAACAAUCCAGGUGGGAAUUGUCUCCUAUGGUCGGCGUAAAUGUGGUUCAGAUGGCUUGGAUGUUUAUACCCGAGUUGGAAUGUUCAAUGAAUGGAUUAAGGAAAGAAUUUGA